AUCUCCUCAGCCUACCGCUCAAACCAAAAGCUUUCCCAAAAGGGAGAAAUGGCGGCAGCAUUAUUAGUCACAGUCCAUAACAGCAACAGUUUCAGAGCCUCGAGCGAGGCUUACCAAAAUCCAAAGACGAAGCUUUCCUCUUCUCCUUCAGCUGGCAAUGCCAAAUCUCUCAGCUUCCCUCCCAGACUUGGCCCUCUUUUCUGGCCAUGGGAAAAGGUUAAAGUUGGCCCAUUAUCGGUCUCUCCCAUGGGGUUUGGAACUUGGGCUUGGGGGAACAAGCUACUUUGGGGAUAUCAGGAAGAAAUGGAUGGUGAACUGCAGGAGACAUUCAAUUUGGCAGUGAGGAAGGGAAUUAAUCUUUUUGAUACUGCCGACUCCUAUGGAACUGGAAAAUUGACUGGGCAAAGCGAAAGGCUACUCGGAAAAUUCAUUCGUGAAUAUCAAGGGCCAAAGAAAGUUCGAGAUGAUGUUGUUAUUGCUACAAAGUUUGCUGCAUAUCCUUGGCGACUGACAUCCGGACAGUUUGUUAAAGCCUGCAAGUCUUCACUGGAGAGAAUGGAACUUGAGCAAAUAGGAAUUGGACAGUUACAUUGGUCAACUGCAAAUUAUGCACCUGCACAGGAGUCGGCUCUCUGGGAUGGACUAGUCGCAAUGUAUGAAAAGGGUUUAGUUCGGGCGGUUGGUGUGAGCAAUUAUGGGCCAAAGCAACUCAUUAAAAUAUAUGAUUAUCUCAAGUCUCGUGGUGUUCCAUUAUGCUCAGUUCAGGUUCAAUUUUCAUUGCUGAGCAUAGGUGAAGAACAAAAGGAGCUGAAAUCUGUAUGUGAUUCUCUAGGUGUCCAGAUAAUUGCAUACAGUCCUCUUGGAUUAGGAAUGCUAACUGGAAAAUAUACAUCUUCAAACCUCCCACGUGGACCACGUGGUUUACUAUUUCGUCAAAUUCUCCCAGGUUUGGAUCCUUUACUUAGUACAUUAAAAGGAAUUGCAGUAAGAAGAGGAAAGACUAUGUCCCAGGUCGCCAUAAACUGGUGUAUCUGUAAAGGAACAAUUCCAAUUCCAGGAGUGAAGACAGUUGAACAAGCAGAAGAGAACCUGGGUUCGCUUGGAUGGCGUCUUAGAUCAGAUGAGAUUGAUGAGCUCCAGUAUGCAGCAACAAAUUCGUCGACUAAGAUGAUACAAAAUAUAUUUCAAACUAGAUGAGUGGAUGCACUGCUUUAAAUCGCAAAUGUUGUUAUAACAUCACAGUGAGAUAUAUCGAGAUAUCAUAGAAAGCGUCAAAAGAUAUUGUUGUUAGCUCGAUAUGGGUGAUGGUUUCAUUAUUAGUAUGAUGUUGGCCUUAUAUUUUCUUGUACCACAGUGAGAUAACAUUUUUUUUGGUUGAGCAAAAAAGUUGGAUAUCACAUGGAA